AUGUUUAUUGGAAAAGAUGGCCCCUGGUGGGCACGAAUGGAUGCUGAAGAGGUGAUGCAAAAUAUUCUCCUGCAAACGUGUCUAGCGUUGGCCAUGUUCAUCACGACGGCCGUCGCUGGCUUUUUGCCGAUAAAGAUCCUUCGAAUGCUAACGAAAAAGGACGGUUCACAAUCACAAUCGGGUGCUCGCUGGCUAUCGCUUUUGUCUUGUUUCUCCGGUGGAGUGUUUAUGGCCACAUGCUUUCUCGAUAUUAUGCCACAUAUCAAUGAAAACUACGCAACUUUCCUCUCAGUCACCAAAUGGGAUCCCGAUCUUCCAAUUCCUCAAUUUUUCAUCUGUAUCGGUUUCUUUGUCGUUUAUCUCAUUGAAGAGGCUUGUAUAAAGAUUUUCUCAAUGGGUCAAAAUGGACAUGGUUUACCCCCAGGCGGUCAUCACGGUCAUUCUCACGGGAAUGGAGUCGCUUUCCACGCCGAGGAUCUCCCGCCAGCAAUUGAAGAACAGACGAAACCCUCAAUGGGUAAACCGUUGAAAGCUCGAGAUCGUCACCGAAUCUCUGAGUCGAGUAAUGCAAAUGUGAUGACUGACGAAAAAGAUGAGAUGCUAUUGGAAAAAGGUUUCGAGAGGGAGAAAGAUCAAGCAUCAGCAACGAGAAGAUCCUAUCACUCAUUGCACGAUCUUGUCAUGGAAGAAUCGGUGAAAUAUGUCUCAGCAGACGGUCAAGAGACCUCAUUCCUCAAAUCGUUGACUUUCGCUGUGGCCAUGUCGUUUCACUCAAUUCUGGAAGGAUUCGCUUUGGGGGUACAGGACACACCCAAGCGAAUUUUCACUCUUUUCCUUUCACUUAUCCUUCACAAAGGAAUCGAAGCGUUCUCGGUGGGAUUGCAAAUCUCGAAGGCGAACACAAAGAGAGUCAAGGUUGUCGUUUGCACAAUUCUCAUCUACGCCCUCAUGACACCAAUCGGAAGUGCGCUGGGCACAUGGCUUGAGACCUCCGACAUCGAUCCAUUGCACAAAGAGGGGGCCAUUGUAAUCUUGGAGAGUUUGGCCGCUGGAACAUUCAUCUAUGUGACAUUCUUGGAGGUGUUGGCUUCUGAGAAAGAGAACGAGCACGACUCAUUGAAGCAAUUGUUGGCGAUUUUUAUUGGUUUCGUCGUCAUCACAGCAUUACAAUUCGCUUUCGGUGGUCAUGGCGCUCACACGGGUGCUCACGAGCACGAGCACUCAACAACUACCACCAUGGUGCCUGGACAU